CGUCUCGUCCUCUCCCUCCAAAAACCCUAACCCCAACUCCACCCCCAAAUCGCAGCUCAGCUCUCUGGCCGGCGGCGGGGGGCGAUGAGGGCGAUCACAGGCGCCGUCGUCUCCUCCAAGCCCUGCUCCCUCCCCAAGGCCGUCCGCAUCCUCCACCACUUCUACGACUCCGCCGCCUCCAACCUCCCCUCCGCCGACUGCGCCACUUACCUCCGCACCGCCGCCGAAGCCACCAGGGAGCACGGGCUCUUCCGCCGCGGGCUCCGCGCUAAUCAGCAGCAGGGUGCCGCCAAUCUCGAGGCCUACGACUAUGAGGGGGAGAGAAAGCACCAAGACCGGGAGAGGAAAGGGGACACGGCUGUUCCAGCUGGUGGUUCCCACCGCGAUUCCGCUGCGGAGGUGGAGCUAGACGCUGCCGCCGGCGAGAAGAAGAGCAAGAAGAAGAAGAAUAAAGAGGAUCGCCAGCAGGUCAGAGCUGUUGCUGGCGUUGAAUCGCACAUCCCCUCUUCACCGGAAAUUGGCAAGGAGAAGAGGAAGGAGAAAAUUUUAAUUAAGGAAAUCAUCGCCCAUGUGAAGCAGGAGCCAGUGGACGAAGAAUUGUUGAGUGAGAAGAAGAGCAAGAAGAAAAAGGAGAAGGGUCGUGUAAAACUAGAAGAGGAAGCGAGGGAUGUGAAUGAAGUGGGCGGAAAAAUUGUCAACGACGGUGGGUUAGAACAAAAUGUUGCCAGUGGGGAGAAGAAAAGGAAGAAAAAGAAGCAUGUAGAGGAAAUUAGCUCCAAGGAUGUGAAGCAGGAGGAGAAAAUGGCCAGUGAUGGUGAUCUGGACAGUGAGAAGAAAAGGAAAAAGAAGAGGGGGAGAGUUGACAAUGACGACCACAUGCUGGAGCAAGUAGAGCAUACAAAGAAGAAGCAACGGAAGUAAUCUUGAUAUUAGUUAUGAGAAUCCUUACUGAUUGGAGAUGUGCGGGAAUUUGGUACCUGGUGAGGUUGUUCUUGCUGUUGUAUUUUAGGCCUCCAUUUGAUUAGUGAGCUCCAAGGAUGUGAAGCGUGUAGAGGAAAUUAGCUCCAAGGAUGUGAAGCAGGAGGAGAAAAUGGCCAGUGAUGGUGAUCUGGACAGUGAGAAGAAAGGGAAAAAGAAGAGGGGGAGAGUUGACAAUGACGACCACAUGCUGGAGCAAGUAGAGCAUACAAAGAAGAAUUUUUGCAUGUUACUUUAGAAUAUUUUCCCUUCAGACCAUUUGUAGUAGUUCAAUGUAACAAAUUUCUCAUCCUUCUGUAACUUGUGGGCUUUAUUUAGGUUUCAAGUCUUAUGAACCUGUGUUGCUAAUAACAUUUUAUUUUGGAAUUAGUGAACAUGUCUUACAUGUA